UCUUUGAGGGGGAGGUAGAAGAUACAUUAUGUCUUUCAUCAAGGUAAUUUUGUUGGCUACUUCCCUACCUCACUUAGCCUUCAGGCUCCAUGUCUUAGACAUUUUAGGGAGUUUGUGCUGGAACUCCAGCUGCAGCAGACUACUGCCCCUAUAUUGUCUCAUUUUAUUCAGGGCCACCAUGUGCAAGUAACCGCAAAUGACAUCAGUGGAGUAUUUUACACCCCAAAGUUAUGUUAAGGAAAUUAAUUUUCAAAGGCUGAUGGUUUCCUGUCUUCCUGAAAACCUGAGAAUUAUGCAAAUGAACUGAGUCACAGUAUGUUAGGCUUGAUUUGGGAAGUACAAGGUGAAAAUCUUCACCAUUUUUUUGCACUAGGACUGCCUCAGUGCAGCUCUCAUUGUCUCUGGUGGCAGCAAGAAGAGAGUCAUGGCGCUCUGGUACUUGUCUGUCCAUUGUGUCUCUGGUGCACGUUUCUCAUUUCUUAUCAAACUGUGCCAUUGUUCUCCUGUUGUCUUACAUGGUAGCAACAAGGGGUAUUAUGCAGAUGUCAAACCAUUUACUCCUGAGAAAACCAAGGAAAUUGUGAUGUCUCUACAGCAACCUGCAGUCUUCUGUAACAUGGCUGGCAACUGGCCAGCCCUGCACUGGAAUGUGAAAUACCUUUCUGCUGUGUUGGAGGGAAAGACAAUCCAGUUUAGGCUGGGCCUGAAGACAGUGGAUUUAGUUCCCCAGUUUGAAACCAGUUGUAGCUAUGUGAAAGCUACACUUGAGGAGUUUUUGGCUUGGAGUUGUGGGCAGCCUUCUUGUCUCUCUGGACCAUUCAGUUGUUACGAUUACUCCAAAUACUGGGCUUAUGCUGACUACAAGUACAUUGCCAGGAUAUUUGAAGACAAGCCAGAAAUUUUCCAGGAUGUAAGGUGGUCUGACUUUGGUUUUCCUGGAAGAAGUGGAAAAGAGAGCACAUUGUGGAUUGGUUCUGAAGGAGCAAACACCCCCUGCCACUUGGACUCCUACGGCUGCAACUUAGUGUUGCAAGUACAAGGAAGGUCCUUGGGUGGAUGUGCAGCAGAGACAUUCUAGAAGCCUCCCUCAGCACUGCUUGCUGCAGCCAAUCCUGUAGACUUCAGAUCACAUCAGAAGAGAUGGCACCUCUUCCCACCUGGUGACACCAGUUUCCUUUAUCCUACCAGGAUCCCUUAUGAGGAAUCCAGCAUAUUCAGCAAAGUCAACAUUGCCAACCCUGAUCUGAAACGCUUUCCCAAGUUUAGGAACUCAACAGCCCAUGUUGUUACCCUCAGUCCAGGACAGGUCCUGCUUGUCCCAAGGCACUGGUGGCACUAUGUGGAAUCCAUUGAUCCUGUCACUGUCAGCAUCAACUCUUGGAUUGAGCUGACUGGAAAUCUGCAGGGGAAAGAACACAUGCUUUCAGCUGCUGUUCCAAGACCAGAGGAUGCAUUUCUCACACCAACAUCAAACCAAGAAGAGCAGAGGAACUCACUUGGAUAUUUCCCUCAUGGAGAAAUUUUUGAGAUGAAACCUGUGUAUUUAGCAAGGACAGCAGGCCCACAGCCCAGACCAGGCUCUCACACAGCCCUAAAUGCAGUCAGGCUGUUGCAGUGCCAGAGAAAGCACCAAUUAUAUUCUAGAGAUGCAGAUCAUGAAGCCCGUGUGGAAGAGGCAAUAACUCGAACGCUGGUAUGCGCCAUAAAAUCAGCAGAAAAUCCCAGUGAUGGAGAUCUCUGGCUAAAUCCCACGGAGGUUGAGGCAACAUCCCAUGAAAUCAAUCUUCAGUACCUGAAUAAAGCAGUGUCUGCAUACCUCAAGUGUCAGGAGACAAGUGUGUCAGGACAGGCACGUUCCAGCAGCAAUGGUGCAAAGCAGAGGACAGACACCUCAUGCAAGAGGAAGAGAAGGGAAGCUGGCUGUGAACCAGAGAGCUGCACAUUACUAACCCAGGAAUGUGACUUUCCAACACCCAAAGCAGAAGAGCUGCAGAACAUACCUUUUGGGCCUCAUCUUAUUCAGGUUUUACCACAGUCUCACAAAACCAGUGUGGUGGGCGCAGUUGCAGUUGAAAGUGACGGUGGAGAUCUUCUCCAUGAAAAUGAAGGAGAACAUUUUGGAAAAUUACAGUGCAAGAGGAAGAGAUUGCUAAUGAGUAAUGACUGUGAGACAGCUGCACAUCAAAUGGAUUCAGACUGUAGUCCAUGCACCUCACAAACAGCCCUUUCUACCAAUGACUUAUUAGACUGUCUGGUUAAUCCUCGUGUCAUCAGUUUAGUGGCUCAGCUGCUGUUGGAGAGAAUGAGAGUGUGAUGCUGCAGUGCUUCAUCAUUGCUGAAACAGAAAUCAAACAGCAGCCUUGUUCUGCGUGUUUAAGAUCUGUAAUAAUUGAAUGUUCCAUUUCAAGUAAUUUUUAGGUACAGAUAGACACAGUUAAUGGUUAAGUGCAGGUUGAAGUUGAGCUGAAAGAAGAAUAGCUGGUUAGUGAUGGCUGGGAAUAGAAAGGUGUGUUUAGUCAGGGAGCUGCUCAGUGUUAUGAACAAGAGAGAGCACACACAGUCACACUCCCACCGUGCUGUGCAGGUGGGAUCUUCACAGUGUUCUACAGCUCUGAGCUGCAAAACAAGUAUGGCUUGAUGAUGGAAAACAGGAGUGCUGGGACAUGGUCACAGCAAAGGGGAACCAAGGGUGGGAGUAGAUAGAUUGACUGACUGUAGACUGUAGUCCUUGACCACAUUUAAAGUAAAAUGGUCAAUAAGCAAUCAGUUGACUACAUUAGAAAUAACAAAUUCAGGUAAACCUAAACCUCAGCCAAGAGACAAUGCACUCACUAAUGCGUUUACUUCCUCCAUUCCACUAAAUAACUUCAGUUUUGUCACAAAGCUCUACGUUGGAGUGACACAAAAGCCCUUAGCAAGAAAGUAGCCUUUAGCUAGUUCAGAAACUCUUGAAGGUGGGAGAGUAAGGGCAUUGGGAAGUUCCUGCUAUUAGUUAUUUAAAGACAUAUGUGCACAGUCCCCUAUCUCUAAAAAACAAAGCAAAACAGCUAUGACUUUUUACCUCUGUCCUUCUCCUUACCACAAGAAUCAAAAUAUAUUAUUUUUUUUCUUUUGGUUGUAAAUGGUUGCUGUACAAGAUCAUCCUUUCUUCUAAGGACAGUAAUCCUUGGAUUUGUUUUUGAGGGCUGGGUUGUUCUUUGACUGAAAAGUUAGGGAACAUGAAAUAUAGGCAAGAGGUUUGUUAACGUGAAGCUAUGCAUGGAGACUUGAACAAAACCUGGGAAGAAAGCUGCUGGCACCUUCCAGGAUGCUCACCUCCUCUGAUUUCUGUUUGCGGUGGCAACAGAGGCAUUUUCCCUAACUGCAGCUUCAAGAGACAGCUUCAGCUCCUGUGAAACCUUUGCUUUUCAAAUGUCUAUUUGCUUGUGUCUGCUAGAGACCAAUAAACCAAUUUCUAUCAUCAGCCUGUUCCCAUAGCCCUAACCUUGCACUCCAGCUUUGCUUGGUGUGUAUUCCCUGCUAAAUACAUGUAGCUAGUGCUGUUUUCACAAAGAUCACCUUCUACUAAUUUAUAGUGGAAAACUCCUGAUUGCAAAGGUGCUUUCUCUCUGCUUUUAUUCAGAUUGCAUUGUUGGCAGGGCCCUGAUGAAUUAUGGUAAGGGCUUUAGAUAUGCACCAGUAAAUCAGAAAUUCAGGGAACCUUGCCAUUUCAAAAAUCUCCCCAAAAACCUAAUACAUUUGGAAGAGGAUUAAGUUGAAAAGGCUCAAAGGUUCACGUUUAACAAGCACAGAAACCUUACCCUGAUGGAAGCAGAGCUGUGUGUGUAGUUUCCUGGAGACCCUGGCUUUGAAGAGUGGCUGUGAGUUAGCAGCAGAUGCCACACAAGCUCCAUCUCUGACCCACAAAUGGGCAGUUUCCAGUGUCCUGCUCUGCCCUGGUAAUUGGGCUCAGACCAAUUGAGGUGUUACACCUCAGCAAUGUGAGAAAAUCCAUUGUUCUUGUUUCAUGUUUCUACACCAAAGGGGUUGCACCCUUGCAACCAGACUAGAAUUUAAUAAACAACCCUGUUGAUACAG